UGGCCAAGGCUCUGCGUAGUCGCUUGUUGCUGCAGGUGUGCAAUGCUAGAAAACUCAACUAGAGGUGAGAUCUGGGCAUGAAGAACUGCAUGCACAGCUUGGAUGUGGCAGCAGCUCACCCGGACCUCACCUGGCCACCCCGCUGUGACUGGAAGGGUUUCACAAAAGCCGCUGUGGACAGCGAAGGAACCUGGAGAUGAAGUUUGAACAUGAAACAGGCAAUUUUAGAAAUUGAAAAGCUUGUUACCAGCAAUGUUCUCCAAAUCUCUUACUACAGAGUGAGGCUUUUCUGCUGGAGAAGUCUUAAAUGGCAGUGCUGCUCACAAUAGACUCUCAAGGGACUGAAGACAGCCCCUGUACACACAUGCUCUGGAAGCGUGAUAGCAGCAGGGCUCCCAUCUCUGGAAGCUGCACCCCAGUGCUGCGGGGCACACCGCUCCUGUUACGAGGAAAAAACCCCAAGGAACUGCUUAGAAGUGUUUCUUGAACUCUUCCGUGUGUCACACAACCGUUGUGUUUUGGUAUAUCCUGCUUUAACUCCUGGCCGAAAAUCUGCCAACAGCCAAAAAUGACUUGAGUUGAAGACCUACUGUUUUGUCCAACAGGACCAGCUUCCUGCUCUGUGUUAGUUGUCCCAUUUGGAUGCAACGUACACUAUGGUUCACAUCAAUGUGUUGAAAAAAAUUAUGUGUGUUCUUGUGGUGAUUCUGAUAGCUCUGACAGUUUGCCUUUGGAAAGAGACAAGAGGAAGCUACUAUGUUCCUUUCAAGACUGAGAAUGAUGAUUCACAGAUUCACAGGACUUCAGAAAAGUGGAACCUACUUAAAUCACAGGACCUUGUCCAUGAAGCAGCUGGUGGAAUGGGUCAGAUGCCUAAAACUUUGCUGAGUAAUGAAAAUAAAGUAAAAGGCAGCAUCUCUGGAACAGUGGAAAAGUCCAAGAAAGCAUCAGACUAUGUGAAGGUAUGGGAUAAGGACAGCUCAUCACGAAAUCUUAUACCCAGGCUGCAGAAGGUCGAAAAAAACUACCUGUCCAUGAACAAGUACAAUGUGACCUACAGUGGGAAGAGGAACACUGCUAAACUCAGCCCAGAGCAGCUGCUGUGCCAGCUACGGGACAGGGUGAAUGUGUCCAUGAUACAUGGAUCAGAUGGUCCAUUUAAUACAUCCGAAUGGCUGCGAUACCUGCCGGAGAAAAGCCUCAACGAAACAGUGGGCCGCCUGGGUCGCUGUGCUGUUGUAUCCUCAGCGGGGUCUCUGAAAUCAUCUCAUUUGGGACCAGAGAUAGACAGCCAUGAUGCCGUCUUGCGGUUUAAUGGGGCUCCUGUCAAAGGAUUUCAAGAAGACGUGGGGCAAAAGACAACAAUUCGUCUCGUUAACUCCCAGCUUGUCACCGUUGAGCAGCAGCAGUUCCUGAGGGAUGCGCUAUAUAACACUGGAAUCUUAAUUAUCUGGGAUCCAGCACCGUAUCAUGCAGAAAUUCAUGAGUGGUACAGAAAACCAGACUACAAGUUUUUUGAAGCCUACAAGUUGUAUCGUAUUAGACAUCCAGAGCAGCCUUUCUAUAUCCUGAAUCCAAAAAUGCAGUGGCAACUCUGGGAUAUUAUUCAGGAGAAUUCUCUGGAGCAUAUUCAGCCUAACCCCCCAUCUUCUGGAACACUUGGCAUUCUGAUCAUGAUGACGCUCUGUGACGAAGUGGACGUGUAUGAAUUUCUCCCUUCCAAACGGCAGACUGACAUUUGCCACUACUACCAGAAGUUUCACGACCGUGCCUGUACCAUGGGAGCUUACCAUCCUCUCUUGUUUGAGAAAAACUUGGUGAAGCAUUUAAACCAGGGCACAGAUGAGGACAUUUAUACUCAUGGGAAAGUUACUUUGCCUGGCUUCCGAAACAUACGUUGCUAGCAAAUCAAUUUUUAGUGUGUUUAGAACUUUAUCUUGACUGUUAAAGCACUUUUUAAAUCUGGGUUGUCAGAUUUGUUAAGUCUAAGCACUGGUGUGUUUUGACAGCUCUUCCAUGUUGCAACACUUGCUCUUAGGACUUGGUUGCAUAACUUCUCCAAACCGUAAGGCAGUGCAAUACAUUGUGGUACAUCCACACGGUAUCUGCAUGAGCCACUGCAAUAAAUUUACUCCUUGUGGAGCAAGGC